GAACGAUUCAUUCGCGAAUCGGACAUCAGCCACUGCAGCCAGCCAAACCCCCGCCGCCCGUGCGAUGGAGGAGCGGAUCUGAUCUCAUCGGAUCUACCGACAAACAUGCUGCUCGAUCAAACCCGUUUCCCCGGCAAUAUUACCAGAACGAGCGACUGAUUGAUAUGUGAACUGAAUCAGGUCGCAGUCGGAUCCUGUAGAAGUCGCCGUCAUGUACUCUGAGUGGCGGUCUUUACACCUGGUGGUCCAGAGCGACCAGGGCCACCUGAGUGUGUUACACACUUACCCAUCGGGCGUGGGUCGAGACGUGGCAAACGCUGUGGUGCGUCCCCUGGGAAACAGCCUUGGAGGAGCGCCGUCCGAGUGCCUCCUCAAGACAGACAAGGAGGUGAAAUGGACCAUGGAGGUGCUGUGUUACGGCCUGACGCUCCCCCUGGAUGGAGACACGGUUAAGUUGUGUGUGGACGUCUACACUGACUGGAUAAUGGCCCUGGUGUCUCCAAGAGACUCAAUACCACAGCCUAUCAUUAAAGAGCCCAACCUCUACGUCCAAACCAUCCUGAAACACUUGCACAACCUUUUCCUGCCCAGACCAGAGCACUUCAGCCUGGUGCACUUUAAAUUGUGUCAGCAAGUGUUGUCUGCGGUGCAGAAGUUGGCACGUGACUCGUCCGGGAUGGCCAGAGAGACGUGGGAAGUGCUGCUCCUCUUUCUGCUGCGCAUCAAUGACACGCUACUGGCCCCGCCCACUGUGGGAGGUGGUAUAGCAGAGAAGCUGGCAGAGAAGUUGAUCAGCGUGCUGUUUGAGGUUUGGUUCCUGGCCUGCACACGCUGUUUCCCCACGCCGCCCUACUGGAAGACUGCCCGAGAGAUGCUGGCCAACUGGAGACAUCACCCUCCGGUGGUGGAACAGUGGAGUAAAGUGAUCGCUGCUCUCACUUCCAGGCUGCUGCGGUUCAUGUACGGGCCAUCAUUUCCUCCGUUUAAAGUGCCAGAGGAAGACGCCAGCCUCAUCCCCGCUGAGAUGGACAACGACUGUGUGGCUCAGACGUGGUAUCGCUUUCUACACAUGCUCAGUAACCCUGUGGACCUGAGCAAUCCCGUCAUAGUGAGUUCCACCCCGAAGUUUCAGGAGCAGUUGUUGGGGGGAAACGGCGUUCCUCAUGAGGUCAUUCAGCACCCCUGCCUCAAACAGCUGCCUCAGAUCUUCUUCAGAGCUAUGAGGGGCGUCAGCUGCCUCGUGGACGCGUUCCUCGGUGUUGCUGUUUCUAAGAAACUCGAGUGUCAUGAAACUCUGCAUUCUUCUGGAGUCACAGUGUCUAGGAGCAAUAUUCGAGACAGACUUCCCUCUAUAGGUGUUGCUGUUUCUCGGAACAAUUUUCGAGACAGGCUCCCAUCCUAUGGUAUAUCCCGCCCCCGAUCGGACAGUGCUCCGCCCACACCUGUCAAUAGGCUCAGUAUGCCGCCGCCCCCAACGACAACCAACACCACGCCCCCUCACAACCGCAGGCACCGCCCCACUGCUGUUGCAAAGACAACCAGCAAAGCCUCAACGACUGGCCAGACCAAAACGUCGCACCAGCCGUCUUCCACAUCCCCUCUCUCCAGCCCAAACCAGACGAGCUCCGAGCCCCGACCGCUACCGGCUCCGACCCGACCAAAGGUCAACAGCGUGCUGAACCUGUUUGGCCAGUGGCUGUUUGACGCUGCGCUGGUUCACUGUAAACUCCACUCCGGUCUGAGCAGAGACAGCAGCAUGACCGCCCUGGCGACUCAAGCUGGAGUUGAACUGAGACGUAAAGGGUCUCAGAUGUCCACGGACACCAUGGUGUCCAACCCCAUGUUUGACGCCAAUGAGUUUCCUGAUAAUUACGAAGCUGGUCGAGCCGAAGCAUGUGGGACGCUGUGCAGGAUCUUCUGCAGUAAGAAGACUGGAGAGGAGAUACUGCCAGUGUACCUGUCCAGGUUCUACAUGGUCCUGAUCCAGGGUCUUCAGAUAUCAGACUUCAUCUGUAGGCCGGUUCUAGCCAGCAUCAUCCUGAACUCCUCGGCUCUGUUCUGCUCCGAUCUCAAAGGGAUCAAUGUUGUGGUUCCGUACUUCAUAUCUGCACUGGAGACCAUCCUACCGGAUCGAGAGUUGUCCAAGUUUAAGUCAUAUGUGAACCCUACUGAGCUGAGAAGAGCUUCCAUCCAUAUCCUGUUAUCCAUGCUUCCUCUUCCUCACCACUUUGGCAACGUCAAAUCGGAGGUUCUGUUGGAAGGGAAAUUCAGCAAUGAUGAAACCUCGCUCCAUGACAAGGCGGUCACCUUCCUCUCCCUGAAGCUGCGAUUGGUCAAUAUUUUGAUUGGCGCCCUGCAAACAGAGACAGAUUCGAUCAAUACACAGAUGAUACUAGCGGCGAUGCUGAAUAUCGUCCAGGAUUCGGCUCUGUUGGAGUCUGUUGGUGCCCAAGCUGAAGUGGGCAGUGUGGAUGGAAGCCAUUCUCUGGCUAAGAGCCACAGCCGCAAUAACAGUGGCAUCAGCAACGCUAGCGCAGGCAGCUCCGAGGCCACAACUCCAGACAGCGAACGACCCGCCCAGGCCCUGCUGAGGGACUACGCUCUCCACACAGACACGGCGGCCGGGCUGCUGAUCCGAAGCAUCCACCUGCUCACCCAGAGACUGAACUCCCAGUGGAGACUCGACAUGAGCAUCUCACUGGCCGCCCUCGAGCUGCUGGCCGGCCUCGCCAAGGUGAAGGUGAGCGUGGAGUCAUCUGAUCGUAAGCGCGCGGUCAGCUCUGUGUGCAGUUACAUCGUGUAUCAGUGCAGCCGUCCCGCUCCGCUCCACUCCAGAGACCUGCACUCCAUGAUCGUCGCUGCCUUCCACUGCCUGUGUGUCUGGCUCACCGAACACCCCGACAUGCUCAAUGAGAAGGAUUGCCUGAUCGAGGUGUUGGAAAUUGUCGAACUCGGCAUCUCAGGCAGUAAGUCCAAAACCGGCGAACAGGAAGUGAAGUACAAAGGAGACAAAGAGCACAACCCGGCGUCUAUGAGGGUCAAAGACGCUGCAGAGGCCACGUUAUCAUGUAUAAUGCAGGUGUUGGGUGCGUUCCCGUCUCCCAGCGGCCCCGCCUCGCCCUGCAGUCUGCUGAACGAGGACACGCUGAUCAAAUAUUCCCGACUCACCUCCACGUCUCACAGUAACUUCAGAUACUUCGUCCUGGAUAACUCCGUCAUUAUCGCCAUGCUGGAGCAGCCGCUGGGAAACGAACAGAACCCCUGUCCAUCAGUCACCAUGUUAAUCAGAGGCAUGUCCGGUCGACACGCGUGGACGAUGCAGCUCUUCCAUCAGCCUCGAGGGGCAAGAGCCAAUCAAAAGCAAGUGUUUGUUCCUGAAAGCCGACCCACUCCCAAAAACGACGUAGGGAUUCGGUUUAACGUCAAGCACAGGCCGUUCCCAGAAGAAGUGGAUAAGAUUCCGUUUGUGAAAGCUGACCUGAGCAUCCCAGAUCUCCAUGACAUUGUGGAUAAGGAGUUGGAGCAGCAGCACGAUAAGCUGCGAGCCGUGAUGGGGAAGCAGAUAGAUUACGAGACGAAACUGGAGCACUACACGGAGGACUUAUGGAGGAAUAAACCCUUCCCAGACCCACUGACAGACUGUAAACCUCCACCUCCUGCUCAAGAGUUUCAGACCGCACGCCUCUUCCUCUCGCACUUCGGCUUCCUGUCACUAGAGGCGCUCAAGGAGCCUGGAAACAGUCGACUGCCUCCUCACCUCAUCGCUCUGGACUCAUCUGUGUCGGGCUUUUUCGAUGACAUCGGAUACCUGGACCUGUUACCGUCCCGACCGUGUGACACCGUCUUUAUCUUCUACAUGAAAGCUGGACAGAAGAGCAGUCAAGAGAUCUUGAGGAACGUGGAGUCAUCGGCGAACGUGCAACCACACUUCCUGGAGCUGCUGUUGUCUCUUGGAUGGCCGGUGGAGGUCGGGCAGCAUCCGGGAUGGACGGGCAGUGUGUUCACCAGCUGGACCAUCAACACAUCCAACGGUGCUGAAACACCAGAUGAUUCAGUGACGCUGGGCGACACCGGCGGUGGUGUGUUUAACGGAGAGAAGCGGGUGCUUUACUACGCAGACGCUCUGACGGAAAUCGCGUUUGUCGUACCGUCUCUCAGCGACUCAUCCGCGGAGUCAUCCGAGCACAGCUUCCCCACGGCAGACUCGGACUCUCAGAUGGAGCUGUUACCCAGUUUACUGAAACAGCCCAACCUCACGCUGGAGCUCUUCCCCAACCACUCCGACAACAUGGGACCCGCACAACGGUCCCCUACAGUGAAAAGCAAGAAGUUGCCGCCCGGCAGGACGAUACCGCCAUUGGGACCGGAUACAAAAGUGUUGGUCGUGUGGGUUGAGCGAUAUGAUGACAUAGAAAACUUUCCUGUGUCGGAGUUACUGGUGGAGACGAGCACCGGGGUGGAGACGGCCGUCAAUAGCAGUGCUUCCAGGUCCAGCUCCUCAGAGAAGGACGUUCCCAUAGUUUUCAUCCAUCCGUUGAAGACCGGUCUGUUCCGGAUCAAACUACAUGGUGCUAUGGGCAAAUUCAACAUGGUCAUUCCUCUAGUGGACAACAUGGUGGUUAGCAGGAGAUCACUGGGAUUCCUGGUGCGACAGACUGUUAUAAACGCAUGUCGGAGGAAACGUCUCGAAAGUGACUCUUACAGCCCGCCACACGUGCGGCGGAAACAGAAAAUCGCAGAAAUCGUGAACCGCUAUCGUAACAAACAGCUAGAGCCUGAGUUUUACACCUCGCUGUUCAUGGAGGUCGGCGAGACGAGCCUCAACCCAUAAACAAACACGCAGACGAACGCAAACGAAGGUGGAAUUAAUCUGCACUCGAGUUGGUGGUUUUGGGUGAAUUACAUUUUUAACGUUGAUUGGCCAAAUACUUGCUCAACUUAACCUCUACACGAUCAGUGCCCACCUGACAGGAUGAUUAUUGUUUCGUAUCUUAAAACGGAGCCUGUAUUUCUCCUGUGAAUCUCACACAAACUGUCAAGGUUACAUUUCACCCCCAAAAAUAAAUUAUAUUCGUGCAAAAUAUAUAUUCCUAUAUUUUGCAUAAAGAAAAUAAGCCUGUUUUUAGGGGGGUUUUUUGUUAAUUACAUUUUUAUUAUGAUUUUUGGGACAUUAAAGCUAAUUUUCCCCCAAAUUCACAUUGCAUGUAUUUUUUUUUUUUUUUGUUUAUAAUAAAUUACUUUUAGAAUUAAUUUAAUAAAUAAUCAUUUAUAUAGAAUAAUUUUCAUUAUUCUCAAAUGUGAUUCUCAUUACACUAAUACCAUAAAAACACUGUAGUACAAUUAUUUAUUUCAUUUAAAUUGGCAUAAUUAAAAAGCAGUACAACAAAUGCCACCAUGAUUUAUAAAUACUUUGAAAUGUAAAUAAUAAAUCAUUAUUCUUUGAGUUUUUUGCAUUGUCAUUUAAUAUCAAAUGUAAAAAACAAUCUUAACUCCUAAAAAAACAGGCUUUAUUUUUUAUUUUUAAACAAAAUAUAAUUUAUUUUUGGAGUGAAAUUUGACUUUCAUGAGAUUCACCCCGUUACUGUACUUCACAAUGAGUGACGUUUUAUUUGAUCAUGUUUAUUAUUUGAAGGACUGCCACAGUAAGAACGUCCUCAUGUGAAGCCGUUUCCUGUAGAAGCACUAUUGAAAUGAACACUAAUCUCCAGCAGCCAAUGAUGUGAUGCCAGUAGCUUCCUUCCUGCACACGUCGUCUUCAUCUUCAGAUCAUUCUUCAUCAUGUCCUUCAGUGCGCUCACCUCAGCACUGCUUGCUUUCUUUCCAGGAGUUUUGUCUGCAGAUGAUGGGGAAUGUAUGGAAGCUUGUUUCCGCCACAGAAUAAAAAAUAAAAAUGUAAUUGCGACUUUUUAUCUCACAAUUAUGACUUAUAAACUCGAGUUAUAUCUCACAAUUGUGAGAAAAAGUCAGAAUCUUGAGAUAUAAAAAAGUCAGUGUGCAAUUGACUUUUUUUUCGAUUUUUUUUUAUCGCAAUUAAAAUUAUAUAUCUCACAAUUGUGAGAAAAAA